AUGGAAUCGAAAGAAUAUACGUAUAGAAGCCUUGAGGGAGAACCUGAUUUGACGGCAGAUGUAUAUUAUGCGUCUUCAGCAACAGCACCGACCAGUGGCGCCCAGCCCAUCGUAAUCAUGUUCUACGGCGGUGGUUUUGUCGUCGGAUCAAAGGAACUCGUAUCUAAAAACGAGAUUGAGAUACUCGUGUUGGAGCUUGGCUUUGUUGUUGUGGUGCCCAACUACCGUCACUAUCCAGCAGUAUCUCUAUAUGAUGGUCCGAUCAAUGAUGCACACAGCUGCUAUGAAUGGGUGCAAAAUGAGCUUCCCAGGCUAUUGACCAGUGCCGGUGUUGAUGCUGAGGGGAACAGAGUCGCUGUUAUAGGAUUUUCUGCGGGGGGAACCAUGGCAUUGCAUUUGGGUGCGGCGAAGAAUUCCCCCAAAGCAAUACUGGCAUUUUACCCAGCAAUGUAUUUUGAGGAUACUUUUUGGCAGUUGCCAAUGACUGCAUUUUCCAAAAUACCUGCUUUUCCGCAGGAAUUCUUGGACAAAAUCAACGACGAAGGGCCUCUUGUAUCUGCGCCUUCGCUAUUCAAGAAGCUCCAAGGCAAUUCGGUUCUCGUACCAGACCUUUCCAAGCCGAGGAACGCAUGGCUACUAUCUCAUUUCAGAGAUGGGACAUGGCUCCGAGCUAUUGUGCAUGAUGGCGAUUAUGCCCGUGUUGAUCCUGCGAAGUUAUUCUCUGGCACUUUCCCGCCAACAUACUUUGUGCAUGGAUCAGAGGACAAGAUGUGCGAUGCGAAAUUUUCUAGAAUGGCUCACGAGAAAUUGCUAGCUAAGAAUGCAAAGUCAAAGCUUGUGAUUGCGGAGGGCCGGGAUCAUAACUUCGACGCGAAGUUGGCGAAAGACGAUCCGGAAUUUGAGCUUGUGCGCGAAGCAUUCCGAUUUGUUGCGAAAGAAGUGUCUUUGUAA